AUGUUAAUUUCCGUCGGAAGUGGUGGUGGUGACAGAAGUGGCGGUGACAAUAGCAGUAGUGGUGGAGGUUACGGAACCAGUGGCGACAGGAGGACAAGGAGGACGCAAACAGUGGCAGUUACUGCCAACACACUCGGGAAGAGUGUUAGCUCUUCAGAGAGUUUCGGCAGUGGUGGCGAUUAUGGAAACAACGUCGACAAGAGGACAAGGAGGACGCAAACAGUGGCAGUUACUGCCAACACACUUGGGAAGAGUGUUUGCUCUUCCGAGAGUUUCAACAGUGGUGGCGGUUAUGGGAGCAGCGGCGGCAGGAGGACAAAGAGGAUGCAAACAGUGGCAUAUACUGCCAACACACUCGGGAAGAGUGUUAGCUCUUCCGAGAGUUUCAGCAGUGGUGGCGGUUACAGAAGCAGCGACCACGGAAGUAGUGGCUUCAGCAGCAGAAGUGAGGGUUGA